AUGGCGAAGGUUGCAACCAGUGGUAGCAGUUCUAGAUGGUCUCUUUCAGGGUUUACCGCUCUCUUAACCGACAGGACACGGGGAAUUGGGCAUGCGGUUGCGGAGGAAUUGGCGAAACUGGGUGCCAUAGUGUACACUUGUUCAUGUAACGAAGCGGAACUCAACAAGCGCUUGCAAGAGUGGGCCGCUAAAGGCCUUCAAGUGAAAGGUUCUGUUUGCGAUGCAUCUUCUAGGGAAAACAGAGUUCAGCUUAUGGAGAAUGUCUCCUCGGCUUUCGACGGAAAGCUGAACAUUCUUGUGUGUUAUAUAACCUAUUCUCUUAUUAAUCCCUCCCUUGAUGAAUUGUUUAACAAAUGGUCUCUAUAUUCAAAUUAA